AUGUCAUUCGCAAAAUCUGGUUUGGUCAAAGCUCAUGGGAGCUCAUUCAUCAACUCUAAUUCGUUUGCUAUUGCUUCAUUGAAUAAGCUAUCUGGUUCUUCAUCUAAUGCUCGAACACAGGAGCCACACAAGAUCAACUUCACUGAAGAAGGCAAUAGCUGGCGAAAAGGCGAAACAGAAGAAUGGUAUCAACAGCAGACAAAAUUGUCCACCACGUUUAAGCUUCUGGAGUACCGUAAAGAACGCGAGUCCCCUUUCUUCCAUGAAUUUAUUGUCGUGGACCUAGGAAAUGAUACUGUUUGUCGUUUUGAUCGGCGGGGCGAUGUCAACAAUCGUUCCAAUGUCCUAGUUGGCGAACCCAUUCCUUCGGAAGAUACGGCACACGUAAUUGCUAAAUCCGACAUAACAUUCUAUCCCGAGAUUAAACGAACCUCAGAUCUCACUCUACGCAUGCACUUCCCUCAAGGUCAAGAUAUUCUAACGAUACUUGCGGUUUGUUAUGGGAUCCAAGCGAAUAAAAAUACACAGGCCUACUCUCUUACUCGGUACAAUUGUUAUUUCUUUUCCUGGAUGAUAAUUACCGCAACCGCAAGGUGCACGGUUGAUUGGGCACUCCUUGCCCAAGAGGAAAUUCUUUGGAACAAUCUAGUCGCAUCUGUCAUUAAUGGGCUUAGCCAGGACCCCGGCCCGGGGCCCAAAAAGGUCGUCGCCGGAAAUUUAGCUCUGAGAAAUAAGGCUGAAACACUAGUUCCUUUCUCGUUCGUGGGCUCAGCAUAUCUUCUAGAUACUCUCAGAAAGGCACUGGGCGAAACUCGCGAGCAGAUUCGCAAAUCGCUAGCAGAGCUUAUUCUUCAUUCGACCAUUGAUAAGACCAUGCGCGAUCUGUCCGAGAACAGUGCCCAGAAGGCCGCUAACCAUGCCGCCUGA